CUACUCGGACGCAGCAUCACCGGACAUUUCGACCGGGCAUUUCAAUUUUGAGAAAGAGUAGGACCAGCCGCGUCCCCCGCACUUCGUGCCCCCGUGUGUGCCGUCUCACUCGCUCCAAGGACACACAAAAGGACCAAGGAGCGAUAACUUCAUCACAGCGUGGCGCUCUCACUCGCACGCACGCCUUGGUGGGGGACGACGUUGCGAAUUGUUAUUGAAGUCAUGCCCCCGAAGGCGACUUCGGGAAGGCUGUCAGUUGCUACUAAACGUCCGCUCGCAACGUUCGUACCCAGGUGACCCGUGUGGCCUCCGCUCUAAGUGUCGGCAGCUUAUGCACUGUAAACUAUAUCGUCACGCAUCUCCGGGUUUCAAACAAGUGCCAAUUGUUAUCUGUUUGUUAACUUUGUGAUAAAACAUCUAAGACUUUGUGAACUCUUCCUUACGUGCUAAUUAAUAAUUUUAGACAAACUUUAAUAUAUAACAAAACAAGUGCUACAAAGUAAAGUGAUAUCGGAGUGCCGCAGAAGUGAAUUCGGACCGCUCGGUUGACAGUUUGUUUUGCCGGCGCCGAGCCAGGCGAGUGUUUACGCCGCGCACGUGGUGCGCCGCCCGCCCGCGCGCGGAAAUGCCGCGAAAAACUUUCUUCGACAACACCGCCGUAGUAUAAGUCGGGUUGAGACGAGGGGUGACGGGCCGCGACCAUGACUUUUACCUGUAGCGCCUGAUUGAUGCAGUGCGGACUUCAUGUACGUCGAGACGAAGACUGUUGCUUUUUUAUUAUUUUUUUUUCGUUGGAGGAGACGGUGCUCUCCGCUGGGUUGAUGAUUUAAAUGGCUAACAGCAGCGCAGUGUCGUCGACCUUACCGUCGAGGGAUUAUCAUUGUGAAGUUUGUGACCUUUACCUGGACACUGUUGAUUCUUUAAAGGUACAUGUACAAUACCACAAAGAAAAUUUAUAUGCAAAGUGGAGUACGCAAAACUCACAAAAUGAUAGUGAAAACAACAACGGUACAAAAGUGAAGAACGAGACGACCGUGUCGGCUCCAGCCGACUCGAGCGACAAUAUGAUCACGAAGCCGAGUCCGGAGUUCCAGCAGCGGGCCACGCCGGAGACCUCGGCACAGUUCCCUCACCCAGCGACACCUCAGAGCUAUCACAGCGCGCCUUCGCCCUACCAAAACCCGGAUCAGACCAAUUUUUCACCGGGACCACAGUUCGGUAAUAACUACUCACAUUCUGGGUUUCCUCAAGGCCAGCAUCCUGAUCAAAUAAAUUGGGAACAGUCACAAUAUAACCAAGAUUACCAUAAACCUAAUCGCUUCCACCCAUACAAUAUGCAAGAAAGGGUUUCGCAAGUGUCAUCUUCGAGCCCGCUGUAUGGGCAGCCACUAAAUCAACCGACGCCAUCGCCGUCCCCUAACCAGUGUGAUAAGUGUGGCUUUGUGUGCGACUCCGCGGUGCAGCUCAAUGAACACUGCAACUCUGCUCACGCGGGGUCUAGUGCUACCGCCUCCUCCGCCUCCAUGCCUUUUCAACAAUUUCCACCGAAACAGUAUAACAAUUCCGGCUACCAGAACGAUAACACAAAGGUUAAAGAAGAACAUGAAGAGUCGUCUGAUAUACUGGAUUUGGAUUCUCAGAAAGUUGUUUAUCAAGGAAAUGAAGGUGAGCAACCUAAUUCUUCUUAUGAUCAAACUGCCUCUCAAGGGCGUGAAGUGAACCCACGUACUGUACCUAUGAUGCCAUGGGAAACACAAAAGCUGUACAGCAAUCCACAACUUAAUGGGGACGUUUCUUUAUUUAAAGAUCAGAAAAUGUUUGGUGAUAAAACUUACGCAGCUGAUACUAAAAUGUUUCAUCAAGAACAGAAAUUCCCUUAUGUUCAAGACAAAUUUCUUGCUGUUCAUCACGACCAAAAGCCAUUUAUGCACGUUGAGCAAAAAAUAUAUCCUGGUGUUCAAAUGCCUCCACUGACCGAUUAUUCUGGGACCGUGGCUUCAUCCAAUCCUGAUAUGAAGCCUCCGUACCGACCAUAUGACUCAUCUGCGGCGCCGCAAAUAACAAGCACACAACCGACUAACCCAGCAUCCUCUGCCAUGCCCUCUAUGGGUGGAAAAGGAGCCAACUGGAAGUCAAAUGAAGCACGGAGACCCAAAACCUACAACUGUACUGCUUGCAACAAAUGGUUCACAAGCUCGGGUCAUUUGAAACGACACUACAAUACCACAUUACAUAAAAAUGCAGUAAGAUCUUCUGGACAGCCUGACCCAGCUACUAUGCCGAUCUCAAAUCAUCACCACCCGAGUCGCGAAACGUUACAAGCGCGUGCCGCGCAGCAGGCCGCUGACUCCAACACGCAGAGCCCCGUCCCCUCCGAAGACGGGCGCAGCGUGGACGACGCUGCGCUGCAGUCACCGUACGCUUCGCAAAGCUUCGACCGGUCUCAUCGGGUCGCCUCAAUGCAGUCCAAAUCGCCGUACACACAUCUUCAACAGGGUAAUUUAGAUAAUAAUUUCAGUAAUAAUCCAUUAGCUAAUCACCCUUUACAGCAUCAGGCCGGUUCUCAUCCGCUCAACAUAGGUAGUCAACCGCCUGGCAUAGGUAAUCCGGCAGACAAUAAUCAUCAGGGUACAAAGGGAGUCCCUAUUACUACACCAGGGAAUCCCCCAAACGGGGAAGCAGGUCCCUCUGUUUCUCAAAAUCACCAUAUGAGGGGCCUGCUAUCAGUGUCAACCAGCAAUAUUUCAACUCCAGCUCUAACUCAGACUACUCCGGCGCUUACACCGCACACGCUGCCGCCGUUCAGUCAUUUGGGUGUCAACCCGUACAACCCGAGGUCUACGGAUCCUUUGGGGGGUUCGGUUCCGGACACCACGCACACCCCAUUAUAUUUGGGUCAGAAUUUUCAGCAGACUAUAGCACCGAAUUACCCAAACGGGAUGGCCCCCCACGUUAUGGAUAUGGCUAUCAACAACCUGCCUAUAGCCAAUCCAGCUACUUUUGGUGAAUCGUCACCUGAAACAGCUGAAGUAAUGGAACAGGACGCGUCGAAUCAAUCUGCCAGCGUGCGAUUGCCGAGCUUCGCACAGCUGCAGACGCAGCGGUUCGGCGUGUACGUUUCCAACUAUAUAACAUCGCCUAACGUGGGGGGUCAAGUUAUUGCUGAUGAGUCUUCCGCCGGUUACAUUAUUGUGGAUCCGGUUCACGCUCCCUUGCAAUAUACGAAUAUCGAAAUCGGUGGACAGAGUAUGGAUUAUGAAUAUAGUUUAGCGCCCCGACCAGUUAAAGAAUUCGUUUCUUACAAUCCAGAUAAUUUAAAGAUAUAUCCGUACGGGUACGCGGUAGGAGGGAAAACGAUAAAACGAGAAGACGAUUUUAUGCGCACAGACUCAAGUGAGCUUCAAAUAUUAAAAAUAGAGGAUAUCAUGGAUUACGCAAAUAAAGAAAACUAUAGUACGCAAAUGAAAUCACCAGCUAGUCCUGAGAGCGCAAAAGCUGAGAAUGAAAGCCGAAGUUCUCCAUUAAUUUCUUCAACGGUUCCGAAUACUCCACUGUCGGAGAGGAACCAGCUGAAGAAGAGCGCGCCCGCUACGGUGCACAAGUGCUACGAGUGCGACAAGUUGUUCAACAAGGCCUGCUAUCUGACGCAGCAUAAUAAGACUUUCCACUCGGGAGCCAAGCCCUUCAAGUGCGAUCGCUGCGGCAAGCGUUUCUCGGACGAUGUCUCUUAUGAUUGCCACUACAUGAAACACACAGACAAUAAACCCUUCAAGUGCAACGAGUGCCCUAAAUCCUUUAACCAUAAAACUGAUCUGCGCCGGCACAUGUGCCUGCACUCCGGCUGCAAGCCCUUCGCUUGCGAUCACUGUGGUAAAGGGUUUAUAAGAAAGGAUCACAUGAUAAAGCACUUUGACACUCAUAUUAAGAAAAACUUACGCACCUCUUCAUCGCCAUCAUCUUCAACAUCACCAUCGUGAAUGACCUACGUAGUUUUCAGAUCGUCCCCGUCAGGGACAAAGUAAAGUUGUCGUGUAGACAUAUCAUUUGAAAUUUACAAAGUAGCAACUUUGCAAUAUAGUUUAACUUUUGAAGUAGGGUCGUAGGUUAUUAACGUUAGAUCGGAACGUUUCGUUGUUCGUGCCGUGGCGAUGAUUAUGCGCCGCCCGGACCCCGGGCAGCGCUGCGGGCCGCGGGCUCGCGGGUCGCGUCGCGGGCGCAUAUAUAUCCAGUUCGCUGGCUCAGUUUUUUGUUGUUCAUUCAAUCUAACCUUGUUUUCGGUGCAAGGUGACUUUUACAUGCCUGGGCGUCUGAGCUCUUAAACAUGUAAUUAUAUGACGGAAUAUUAUUCCGCGCUAACAAUUUAGCAGACCCGAACCAUAUCAAUUUUAUGCAUAUGAACAUCGACAAAUAUCAAAGUUAUUAGAAAAAUUUUCAUUAUUCUAUGAGCGGACAAUUUAUAUACUAUAGGUAUUCAUUAUACAUUGUUUUACUAAGUAUAUACAUAUUACGCUACUUCGACGUUUCUUGGUUGUCAUGUUAAUAAGAACGUACAUCGCGUUUUGUACACAAGUUAAAAUAUUUUUUGUAAAUAUAUUGGGACUUAUUUGCCAGACAUUUUAUGAUCAUAGACUUAUUAAUUAUAAGAGAUGACUUUCUUUUGAUUAGGUUUUAUAAAUAAACGUGUAACCAAACAUGGCAUUAAUAACUAGAACAUUAUCAACAUCCACAAGUCAAUAAAGAUCACAAUCCAGUGAGUGCGUAGCGCUGGCGCGGCGCGCGUCGCGUCGCGUCCUGUUGCGUGCGACGUGCGACCAGCGCGCCGCACGCAGCGCCCGGUCGCGAUCUCCACAUCAUUUGUUCUAGUUAUACAUUUUGUAAUAUUGACUUGUAGAAAUAUUUUCCGGUGCUUCCUAUUAUUAUUUUUCUGUUAAAAUUUGUUUAAAUGUUAAGCUAGUUAACUUACUUUGUUUAAAUUUCGGAAUGUUUUACGUAAAACAAAUUUGUGUCCGAUUUAAGUUACCAAUUUGUUAGUUGAACGAAUUUAGUUUACAAACAUUCCUGUUUCGUUAGUGGUAGGAAAGUAGUCUUCCUGAACGUUGCCAAAUUAUUACCGCCAACUGUCUGUUGCGAAACGAUUUAAUUUUUAUAAGUUGUAGCUUAAUAAUAUCUAAUGAAAUUCUCUAGCAAUAAUUUAACUAAUAAUAAUGUAAAUGUUUUUUUGUAUAGUAUUAAAUAAAAUUAUCGCGAGUAUCGGUAUAUGUACUUAAAAUAAAAUGAAAACUUUGUACAUAAUUGUGAGAAAACUGUUUGGUUAAUCAACAAUUUAGAACAUAUCAAGGCCGACAUGUGCGGAUGAGUCAAAGUACCUCGCUUGUCGAGGCCACCUUUUAUUGCUGCAUCGCGCCCUGGCCCUUUGCACUGACGCGGCGCGCGGCGCGCGAUGCUGCGCGGCAUCCCGGCACCGGCCCGCGCCGGCCCGCCUCGACCACCGGGGUACACUGACACAUUCGCUUUUCAAUCCAUAUCAUUGGUCUAUUAGCAGAUUUAGCACCUACAAAAUAUUUGUUUACCUUCGACUAAAUGUGCAAUAUGAACAUUACGAUGGAAUUAAUUUUGAUAAUGUUUGUAUUUGAAUGUUGAUUAUAUUGCAGAAGUAUUUUUAUACAAAUAGAAUAGCACUUACAAUAUUAAUCUACCUCAUCAGUGACUAUAUCUAUUGAAGAGCCGAUAUAAUCAUAAUUAACUAUACAUUGUUGUUUCGUUCAAUAGAAAAAAAGCAAUAAAUGUUCAUCAUACAAAUUUGGACUCAGUUGGCCUACCUCCUAGAUACGAAUAAAUUUUUAACAUAUUUUGUACAAUAUAGUAGAUAAGUGGUGACUAUACCUAACUAUAAUGCGGCAGUCGCUUGUGUCCGUUUCCAGUUCCGGUGUCGGACGAGAAACGCGACAUGGCGCGAAGGGCGCUCGCGCUAAGGUAGUGUAUACCAAGUACCUACACAAAGUACUAAAUUUGUAAACAUACGUACAAACUGUUUUAAGCAGAAUAAACAAUAAAGUAUAAGUUAAUAUUGUUGAGAAAAAUAUUGUAUAACAGAAGUUUUCUUCGUAGCAAUAAUAAAACAAAAUAAAACAAUUAUGAAACUUAACUACCUCAUGUAACGAGUAAUAGGAUUAAAGUGGCGGUGUUGUGAGGGCACUCUGUCGGCCUGCCGCAGCCGCCGCUCGCCGCUGAAACCGAUUACCUCAACUUGCCUUCCGUUCUUGUACACUGUAGUAAAGUAAAUGUUAGUAGCGCAGGCGAGCGCGGCGGCGUGCGCCGCAAGGGUGUCCGCGGCCAGAUAAAUAUAUAUUUUAGUAGACGUGGUUAUCUUUCAUACCGUUUAAAGCACACACAUAGAAAUAACAGUUUAAUUUUUACUAAUGUAAAUAUUAAAUAACGAUAAAUUUGUUAUUUAUCAUAUUCUAUUAUCGUAUCCAUCGAUAGACUUAUUUUGAAAUAAGUUUAACGUAGUGAUUACAAGUUUAUAACAAUAGUUCAUAAGUAUAAUGGAGAGACGUAAGUUUUAUGUGAUGAUUAUGUUUGUGUAUAAGGAUUAAUUUAAAUAUCAGUUACCAGGUGAUUUCUGUUACAUUGAGUUGAGUAAAAUUGGGAAAGUUAUAUACGGUAAGAUGUUGUUUUCUUUGAAUUGUUCCCUUGUCCAAUUAUGUCGAUACGUCUGUAGCAGAGACAGAUAAGGAGUGAUGUUGAAAUGGUUUUUUAUUCAAAGGAAAUUUGUUUACAAUAAGCGUAGCGCAAAUUUUACUGGUGUCGCUAGGUGAGGGUCAGCCGUUCGUUGCCAAAGGCCCUCGUUCUGCCGCCCGCAGCCGCGCGCUGUCGCCGCACGCUGAUCGUUGCCUAGACACUUUAUAGAUCUAAGUUUUACUAUAGCUACCUUAGAUUAAGGCGACAGAUCUGUUAACACCGCUAUGGCGAAAGUAUACUUCAAUAUCACUGCUUUGCGUUACGAUUUGUUCACCAGUUCGUACUCAAAUAACGAUUGCUAAAAUAUAGUAUAUACCAUUAUUUCUACAUUAUGUGAUACUUGCCUUGGUAGCAUACAUUAAGCACCUCAUUUAUUACGUGAGUUAAGUAUGUACUGAGAACAAAUCUAAUUGUAUUUAUUAUGCGAAAAUGUUGUAUGUUUCCCGCUCCGCGAUUUGUUCUAUAUUUUAGGUAUCGCGAUGAGAGUUGAGCGUUGAGCAUCAAGUGUAUUGUAUUGUAUAUGAGCCGUUUUUCAUGCGUGACAAGUGUGUCCGACGACAAGACACUAUAUGAACCUCAAGUCUCACAGCGCUACCGGUACUGUGUUUAUUGUUUUGUAUUUAUAAUUUUAUAUUCCCAAGACUCGGAGUCCACUGUACCUGAGGACUUGCUCUCUCAAGUAUCUAUUGUAUAGUAACCCUAAAUUACCUACUCGUUACCUGUAGCUUUAGUGGUUGUUUCAGAUCUGUCAGUAAAUAUAAAUUUAAUGUGAAA